GAUUAGGAUAUAAAUCUGAAUAUAAAAGGCAACCAGUGCCAGCUUAGUGCUAGGUCCCGCUGCAACCUGCCUCUCAUUCGAGUUUUUCGCCUUAUCUUUGUGGACAGAAACAUAAUGGCACUGAAGGUAGCGAUGUCGAUGGUCUUGGUUUUCUUGUUUGCUGGAAUCUGCGUGGGACACCCGGACGGAGCUGACGACGAGGCCUGCAAAGACCUUUUUCCGCAUCACGGAUACAAUGAGAAGAGCGCUGCUGAGGGUCGCGCCGAGGGCUACCGUCUCGUCCAAAACAAAAAAGACUACAAGCCCGGCGACGUCAUCACAGUGACGCUGUCCUCGGAGGCUUCUCCUUUCAUGGGGUUCCUCAUCAAGGCCUUCGACGAGGACGAGAAGGACGUGGGCUCCUUCUGGAGUCCCGGACCGGACUCGAGGGCAUUCAGCCACUGCUCUGGAAUCACGCACACCUCGAAGAACCUGAAGAAGAGGGUCGUGGUGCAGUGGCUGGCUCCAGAGAACAGGUCCGGAAAGGUCCACUUCAAGGUCACGGUCGUCAAAGAAUUCAAGGACUUCUACCACGCCAUUCCAAGCACGUUGGCUUAACCCGGCCCAAAGUUUGUUCAGAAACACCGACGAAUAAACGCCCAGGCUAUUUCUUUUUAA